AGGUUUAUGUUGCUGUUUAUAUUUGCUUGUGUACCAAGGCAACACACUUAGAUUUUGUAACUGAUUUAACGUCUCAAUCGUUCAUUGCCAGUCUAAAACGUUUUUUUGGGAGACGGGGCAAGUGUUCAAAUGACCGAUAAUGCAAAAACAUUUAUCGGUGCUAACAUUGAGAUUAAAAAGUUAAGGAAAAUGAUAAAUUGCCCAGAUGAGACGUUAGCCAGUUAUUUUACUAACGAAGGGAUUGAUUGGAAAUUUAUCCCACCAAGGUCACCAAACUUUGGGGGAAUUUGGGAGGCUGGUGUGAAGUCGUUUAAGUUCCACCUAAAAAGAGUAAUCGGCAAUCAAAAUUUAACUUUGGAAGAAUUCUUAACAAUUUUGACUGAAAUUGAAGGUGUUUUGAACUCCAGACCUCUCACUCCACUUUCACCGGAGUUUGAUGAAUUUGAAACUCUAUCACCUGGUCAUUUCUUGAUAGGUAGGCCCAUCAUCUCACUCGCUGAACCCCAACAAAUAGAUAUAACUGAGAAUAGGCUUUCUAACUGGCAAAAGAUUAAUAAGUAUAGUCAGAGAAUAUGGAAGUUGUGGAAAAGAGACUACCUUAAUAAUUUACAGGAACGUAAUAAAUAGAAAUUUGAAAAGAAU